UCACUUCCUCAAAAUCUGCUUAUCCAGUUUCUGAAUUUCUCAGAUCUUUGAUUUUGUGCUGCCUCCUGGCCUGCUUUUUUGGCUGGUUCACUGCUAAUUAACACCUCUCUCACAGAGUAGGCAGGAGAAAUAAAAGGUCCUGGCAUUCAACUACUCCUGUUUGCUCUUUGUUAGCAUCUCUAAUGAAAAGUUCCAUCAGGCAGACUGAAGUCAUGGAAUUAAAAGGAGUUUGGGAGUGAUCUUUGGGGUUUUACUAUCCACGAUAAUCCAACUUUCCAUAAAUGAAGUUGGCUGUAUUGUCACUGGGAAAAUAGAUAAUAUGGAAGAGAGCAUCAGGUUGGUAAUGAAGGUUAGUUUUGUGUCUUAACUAGGUCACUUAACUAGCCAUGUGGCUACUCUUUCUCUACUACUUAUUUUACCUGUCUAUGAUGUCCUGGCUGGAUUGCAUGAUCUCCUAGAUCCCUUAUAGUUCUGUGGUUCCCCUCGAAGGUCAUGAAACGAGUGCGUACUGAACAGAUUCAGAUGGCAGUGUCCUGCUACCUCAAACGCCGGCAAUACGUGGACUCAGACGGUCCCCUGAAGCAAGGACUGCGGCUGUCACAGACUGCUGAGGAGAUGGCGGCCAAUCUCACAGUCCAGUCAGAAUCUGGAUGUGCCAACAUAGUGUCUGCAGCCCCGUGCCAGGCAGAGCCCCAGCAAUAUGAAGUACAGUUUGGACGACUGCGGAAUUUUCUCACUGAUUCUGAUUCCCAGCAUAGUCAUGAAGUGAUGCCUCUCCUCUAUCCUCUCUUUGUCUACCUCCAUCUCAACCUGGUCCAGAACAGCCCGAAGAGCACAGUGGAAAGUUUUUACAGCCGCUUCCAUGGAAUGUUUCUGCAGAACGCUAGCCAGAAGGAUGUCAUUGAGCAGCUACAGACCACUCAAACCAUCCAGGACAUCCUCUCUAACUUCAAGCUUCGAGCAUUCCUAGAUAAUAAGUACGUGGUCCGUCUCCAAGAAGACAGCUACAACUACCUUAUCCGCUACCUCCAAAGUGACAACAACACCGCCCUGUGCAAAGUCCUCACCCUGCAUAUCCAUCUUGAUGUGCAGCCUGCCAAGAGAACAGACUACCAACUCUAUGCCAGCAGCAGCUCCUCGCGAAGUGAGGGCAACGGCUUAGAGCCUACUGACAUGCCCGCCCCUAUUCUGCAGAACGAGGCUGCCCUGGAGGUCUUGCAGGAGAGCAUUAAGCGCGUCAAGGAUGGCCCCCCCUCCCUCACUACCAUCUGUUUCUAUGCCUUCUAUAACACAGAGCAGCUGUUGAACACUGCAGAAAUCUCCCCAGAUAGCAAGCUGCUUGCCGCUGGGUUUGACAACUCCUGUAUAAAACUAUGGAGUUUACGAUCCAAGAAGUUAAAAUCAGAACCCCAUCAAGUAGACGUGUCCCGCAUCCACUUGGCUUGUGAUAUUCUGGAGGAGGAGGAUGAUGAGGAUGAUAACGCAGGCACAGAGAUGAAGAUACUGAGGGGACACUGUGGACCAGUGUACAGCACGAGGUUCCUCGCAGACAGCUCAGGGUUGCUCUCUUGUUCUGAAGACAUGUCCAUUAGGUACUGGGACCUCGGGAGUUUCACCAACACUGUGCUGUACCAAGGACAUGCCUACCCUGUGUGGGACCUGGACAUUAGCCCAUAUAGCCUGUACUUUGCCAGCGGGUCCCAUGACCGCACUGCAAGGCUGUGGUCAUUUGAUCGGACGUACCCGCUGAGAAUAUAUGCAGGACACCUGGCAGACGUGGACUGUGUCAAAUUCCACCCUAAUUCAAACUACUUAGCUACAGGCUCAACCGACAAGACUGUCCGGCUGUGGAGUGCUCAGCAGGGGAACUCGGUGAGGCUCUUCACAGGCCACCGCGGCCCUGUGCUUUCUCUUGCCUUUUCUCCCAACGGUAAGUACUUGGCAUCAGCUGGCGAGGACCAGCGGUUGAAGCUAUGGGACUUGGCUUCGGGGACCCUUUAUAAAGAGUUAAGAGGCCACACGGACAAUAUCACCAGCCUUACCUUCAGUCCGGACAGUAGUUUGAUUGCCUCUGCAUCCAUGGACAACUCGGUGCGAGUCUGGGACAUUAGGAACACUUACUGCAGUGCACCUGCUGAUGGCUCCUCCGGUGAACUUGUGGGUGUAUACACCGGGCAGAUGAGCAAUGUACUGAGUGUGCAGUUCAUGGCCUGUAACCUUCUUCUAGUGACUGGAAUCACACAAGAAAAUCAGGAACAUUAAUUUUUUAUCUUUGUUGUAACGGACUGGGGCAUUGGUGGAAGGCCUCCAGAUUGCAAGUCUUAGACAAACUGAGAUUGAAUCACUGACUGACUGUGAAAGAUUCCCCACUUCUCCUACUUCUCCUGUGCAGACAUCCUGAGCACAUUACCCCUUCACCAGCCCCCCAAAUGUCGAAGGACCUGGGGGGUAGGAAAGGCGGUGAUAAGUGGACUUGAGAUCAAGAAUUAAGAUGCUCUGGAGGUGAGAUUGCAAUUCUUACAAAGAUCCCACUGUGUCCUCGUGCAAGCACCUUCUUGUCUCUUUCCCGUUUGUAAAACCGAGAUGCUGCUUACCUCGCUGGGUGCUGCAUUUGGUCCGAGGAUGGUGGCAGAGCACUCUCACAAGGAGCAGUGCUACAGGGUCACGUGUUAUCAGUCACUCGGGUGGAAGGGAAUCUUUAUUGGUGUAGGAAUGUGGGGUGGGAACUAGGAAGGGGGGGGGAUAAUCCUGGCAAAAAGUCUUUCCUUUUCCAUAAUUAAAGAGAACCAGGAUUUUUUAUUAUUGUUAUUAUAAUUAUAAUUAUUAUUAUUGAGAAGAGGAAACCUAGCACUGGCAGAGGGGCCUUCUCUGCUCUCAUCUUUCAGGUUUUACUCCUGGCACUGGCUGUGAUACUUGGAAUUUUGAGGAUCAGGGAAUUCAGAGAAUUUGGUAGCACAGUGUAUUGGGAGAAAGGGAAAAUUUCUGGGUGACAGAUUGAUCACUCCAGCUGACAUGUUUCUAGAAGUGUGUGGGUGGAUUUGAUUGAGAAAGUCUUGGGCUCUUGCAGUGAUGGUCGGAAGGAAAGAUUCUUU